CGCUUCUCCCCAGGCUCUCAGACCUCGCAGCGCGUGCAUGAAGCUGACGCUCUUGGUUGAGGGGCAGUGCCGACGUGCAUAAGCAGAGCUGAGCUGUCACCCCGGGGCCCCUUCGUUAGCCUACCACGAUAGACACCUGCACCGCCUCAAUUCCACACCUCCCUACAACCUAUACCCGCAUACCCAGAUACACUCCCACCCAGAUACAUUCCCACCCAGAUACACGCCCACCCAGAUACACGCCCACUAGACCUCAUCCAAGCCGACUCCAGGCCUACCCUUCACAAUGGAGGCCAAAAUUGCUUCGAAGGACCCCAAGCUGGGGGCGCCCAAGACCGACCAACCACACCUUCAAGCGGGUGGAGGUACUGCUGCAGCAGCUGCCAAAGCACGCCAAGUCGACACCCUCUCUCCACUUGUCGUCAAGUACCUACGGACCAUCUACGACGAGAUCUCCACGCGAUACAACCUAGCUACGCCAGAAGGUCAGAUACAGUGGCUGACCCAGGAGCAGCAAUGCUCUGGCGAAGAUGCACAGCUGCUGCAAGACGGUUCCUUCUCCCACUUCGCCGACUACUUCCUCUCAGGCUCAGCCAAUGUCAUGGGACCGCCUCCAGCUAUUGACGAGUCCUACCCCAUCUCCAACUACUUCAUCUCGUCCAGCCACAACACCUACUUGACCGGCAACCAGCUGUCGAGUGAAUCGAGCACCGACGCGUACAAGAACGUGCUGCUUAGGGGAUGCCGUUGCGUCGAGGUCGAUGUAUGGGACGGCGAGCCCCCUUCGAGCUCGAGCUCUGAGGACGAGGCCGAGAGGCUGGGACAAGCGAAGGUGCCCAAGGAGAAGUCGAAGCUAGGCAUCCGCGAGAGACUUGCUAUGCGGCUGAGAGGAAAGUCAGUCGGCAAGGACGAGGAGCCGAGGAAGGGGGAGGCUGCACCUGCGUACAAAGGCGAGGAGCGAGCGACACCCUGGAGAGGGGAUGUCGCGUACAGAGCCGAGCCCAAGGUGUACCACGGCUACACUUUGACGAGCGAGAUGACGUUCCGGGAGGUGUGCGCUACCAUCCGAGACUACGCAUUCGCAGCAUCGAGCCAUCCUCUCAUCGUCAGUCUUGAAGUCCACGCUAGCGCUGAGCAGCAGGAGAUCAUGGUGGAGCUCAUGACCGAGUACUGGAGAGACAUGCUCGUCGAUCUUCCUCUCGAUCCAUCGCAACCAGCCGAGACCGCCAACUUGCCCACACUGAAGGAACUGGAGCGCAAGAUUUUGGUCAAAGUGAAGCGCGGCCACCCCAAGCCUGCCGUCACUCCUACUGCGAACCCUACCACCCUUCAGGCUCCAGCGCCGGAGCUACACAAGACUGACAGUGCAAACUCGGUAGCAUCAUCAGCAGCAUCAGACGAUGAGCUGCCCAACGGCCAGAAGAAGCCACCGAAGCCCAAGGUUAUCGAGUCUCUGGCCAGACUCGGAGUCUACUGCGGCGGCUACUCCUACAAGAGCCUCUCCGCACCUGAAGCGAGCAUACCAACUCAUGUCUUCUCUCUCUCCGAGAAAACGCUCAUGGAGGUCCAUGAGACCCAGCCCGAUGUGCUCUUCCACCACAACAAGCACUUUUUCAUGCGUGCCUACCCCAAAGGACUCCGCAUCAACUCCGGCAACCUCAAUCCCUCCGUGUUCUGGCGCGCCGGCGUGCAGAUCGUAGCUCUCAACUGGCAGCGCUGGGAUGGUGGCAUGAUGCAGAACGAGGCCAUGUUCGCCGGCACAGGCGGCUGGGUGCUCAAACCCGAAGGGUACCGCAGCAUCAGCGAGGCUCCUACGCAGAAACACGCUAUCGCACAUCACAACCUCGACCUCAGCAUCGAGUUCCUUGCAGGUCAGAACAUCCCGCUACCGCCUGAGGAGGAUGAUCCGAGCGACUUCAAGCCGUACAUCAAGGUAGAGCUGCAUGUUGAGAAGCAUGAGGAGCGUGAAGGACAGCCCAUUCCUGGGAAUGGCCGGGGGAGCAAGGCGGAGUACAAGAAGAAGACACGAACAUACAGGACUACCGAUCCUGAUUUCGGGCGGGAAGUCGUCAGCUUCAACGGCGUGUACGGUGUCACUGAGGAGUUGACGUUCGUCAGGUAGGCCUUCCCUCUUCCGGAUCUCUUUCUCUCAUUUUCAUCUCACCCCAUUGUCACUGCUCUUUCUCGUUGCUUCGUUUGUUUCCCAAGGAAAGAGGAUGCGGCUGGCCAGCACCCCUGCCCUCAACAUCCGACAAUCUUCGGCGGCGUCCCAAAACCCGUCCCCGU